CAUAAAGCAGCUUGACCGGUACGGUCAGCUCACCCUCGCUAACUCCACUGCAGCGGACACUGGAGAAUAUAGCUGCUGGCUUCAGCUGUGCGGUGGGAACAAGUGCAGGAAGGAUGAGACUAAAACGGGUUCAACGUACAUCUUCUUCACAGAUAAAGAAGAACUUUUUGUACCUACUCCCAGUUACUUUGAGAUUGUCUACCUGAGCCCAGAGAAACCUGCAGUCAUCCCAUGCCGUGUUACUACUCCUUCAGCAAAAGUAACUUUACACAGGGAAUUUCCAGCAGAAGAAAUUGAAACAGAUGGAACGGAUAUUAUUUAUGAUGUGAAGAAGGGGUUUGUCUACCAGCACCCGAGUUCGGAUCAUAAAGGUGUUGUCUACUGCAAGGCAGAGUCACAAGGAGCACCAGAUCAGAUCUCCAUCAAGUAUCACCUCCUGUACGUGGAAGUUCCCAAGGGCCCGCCCUCAGCCACAAUUGCAGCAUCAUCCGGCAGAGCAGAAGUGGGUGACAGCGUUCAUGUCGUCUGCACAGUCCUCGGGGAGCCAGAGGUAGAUGUGAGCUUCAGGUGGCAGUACCCAGGGCAAGAGUCUGAGAGGCCUGUGAUUAUCCAAAACUUCUGGAGAUUGAUAAACAGAGGAACUGGGCAUACCACAAGAAUCUCGAAGAGCGUUGUUCUUGUUGAGGAUUUUGAAGCCAGAGAUGCUGGAAACUACAUUUGCAUAGCUCAGAACUUACAAGGAGAGACAACAGUAGCUACUGAGGUCAAACUAAAUUGA